CCGGCUGCAGGAGUCUGUCUGUCUGUCCACAUGCACGGAGGAGCGACGGCGCAGGCUGGGACCAGGACCGGUUUUGGGAUCUAAUUCUCGAUCGAGUCAACACCUGGAUUACGAAACACCGAUCUAUACAUUACAUUUUUUUCAGUUUAUUUUUUUUAAUUAAUAUUUUUUUUAAUUUCAUCGACCUGUUGCGGUUGACAAACAGUACCUGCCAACAUGUCUCGGGCUCCAGAUGAUGUGAGCAAGCUGACGGAAAGUACAUAUAAGAAUGUGAUGGAGCAGUUUAACCCAGGUCUGAGGAACCUGGUGAACCUCGGGAAGAGCUAUGAGAAAUCAGUCACAGCGAUGACCAUUGCUGGAAAGGUCUAUUUCGAAGCCGUCUCAAAGAUAGGAGAGAGCGCUACUCUGUCUCCAGUCUCCAGAGAGCUUGGUGUGGUUCUGAUGGAGAUAGCAGAAGCUCACAGGAAGGUCCACAAUGAACUGGAGGAGAAUUUCAAGAAGUUCCACAGAGAGAUUAUUACCGAGCUGGAAAAGAAGACAGAGAUGGAUGUCAAAUACAUGAAUGCCACUUUUAAACGCUAUCAGUCAGAGCACAAGCUGAAGCAGGAUUGUCUGGAGCGCUCUCAGACAGACCUUAAGAAGCUAAGGAGGAAGAGCCAGGGAAAGCAUUCCUCCAAGUAUGAAAUUAAAGAGAACGAGUGUUUGGAGACCAUCUCAUCACGUCAAAUGGACAUGCAGAAGUUCAUUGCUGAUGGCUGCAGAGAGGCCCUGCUGGAAGAGAAGAGACGCUUCUGUUUCCUGGCAGACAAACAUUGCAUGUUCUCCUAUCAAAUUAGCAACUUUCAUGAGAAGGCCAAAGAGAUUCUGGCAGUGAAGCUCCCCAGCUGGCAGGAGAAAUGCUGCGACAUCACCCAGGUACCAGACACAAUAAAGACGAUGAUAGAGGGGCUGUCCUCUACUCCAGAACAAUCACCGCUUGUUGAACGCUACAACAGGAAUAAUGUGGAGUCAGUGGUGCCUCCUCCAGCACCACCACUAAAGGCCCAGAUAAGUCCACUAGCCAACAUGUUCAACCCAGAGCCUAGAUCUCCACUCACUUCCUCUUCAGAUCACAAUUCAGACCAGGGCAGCCUUGGAGAGGGUAGUCUGUCCAGGUCAACAUCUCAGUCGUCCGGCCUCAACAUGGCUAGAAAGCCCCGUGUUAGGACCAUUUUCCCCCACACGGCAGGCAACAAUGACACACUCCUCAGCUUUGAUGAUGGUGAUAUCAUCAUCCUUCUCAUCCAGGAGGAAAAGGAUGGUUGGCUGUACGGAGAGCUGGAGAAGACAGGCCAGCGAGGCUGGUUUCCCUCAUCUUACUGCAGACCUUACAGUGAGCCAGUGUUAACAAAUAGUCAUCUGGGAACACCAGUACGCCGUCUGAGUGCCAUCAGUCUCCCAGAGCUGGAGGAGCAGGAGCCAGUGCUGCUGCCUCCGCCAGACUACAGCGACGACUUGCCAAUGAGCCCAGUGGUUCCCUCGACGCCUUCGCCACAGAACACGGUUUCUCUAGUCAAUGGGAUUGCAAAAGCUCCUUUUCUAGGGGGGGGGAAUCCAUUUGCCACAGUGAAGCUGAGGCCGACUGUCACGAAUGACAGAUCAGCGCCCAUCAUCUAAACGGAACUGGAGGGUUUUCACCGCUGUCAUGCCUUCAGGGGAACCACGAAACACAGGUCCCCCCUGCGACACAAUGAAUAUCAUGCCAACCUGACAUCUCACCAGCCUGCAUGCUAGUCUCUCACAGUACCAGUCUGCUCUCUCCAAGGAACCCAUUGUUUCUUGGCAUAAGUGUAUUUCUUCUGUGCCAGUGUGUGUGUGUGUGUUUUUUUUAUAUUAGCUACAACAGGGAAAGAUUACAUAAUCAUUACAUGAAAACAGGAAUUUUGAGACUUUGUUUUGUAGUACAAAGUACAGAUUGAGAUAUGUACCCAGUCAGUGUUUAUUUUAAAGUAAAAAAAAAAAAAAAAAAGGAAAAACCCAAAAUGACCAUCUCAUUACCACAUUGUUGAAGUUUAUAUAAUCCCCAACUGGUGGUUUAAAUGAGUGAUUUAGGCAUUAAAGGUCUAGUGUUCGUUUUGUAGGAGGAUCCUCUGGCACAAAUGGAUUACAAUAUUCAUUAAUAUAUUUUCAUUUUUGUAUAAUCACACAAAAAUGAGAAUCAUUGUGCAUCAAGUUCCUCCAACAUGUUUCUCAAGUAACUCCAGAUAAGGUGCAUUGUUUGGGUCAAUAUCAAAUGAACUAAAACACCCAGAACAGACAGAACAAGCACUAGCUCUAAUAAGGGAUUUGCAGCCACUGUAUGUUAAGGAAGAGCGGGGUUUCACUUCACUGCAAUCUGUAACAUCACCACUAGAUUUCACCAAAUGUCACACACUGAAUUUUUAAAACAAGAAAACAAAGUAUUUUUGUGCAACUUAAAAAUUUCACAAGCUGAAUAAAUAAACAAACCUCAGCUUCGUGAUUCAUAGUUGAUUCGUCUGGGCAAGGUUUAGGAGGAUGUAAGUCCAGAAAUGCAGAAUAUUAUUCCUAACUAUGUUUUAAUUAGCAUAUAUAUGAGAUUGAGAAUUGUUUCAUUACCUUAGAAUGAGUCAUUUAUAUCUGCAGAGGGACUGGGUCACCGUUCACAGACUCUAAAAACACUUCCACUUAUUCUUUUGUCUGUUGCAUAAUGGGUGGCAUCAAGCAUUAAGUGUGAGUUUAAUAUUACAUUAACUAAAAAGCUUGGAAUGGGCAAA